AAAAAACAAAAGUUUUACAGAAUAGACUGUAAAUGACAUAAAUGAUGACAAAAUGUUCAAUGUGGGAUGAACUAAAGGCCAUUGCGCAUUGUGUCCGAAAUUUGCGUCCGAAAUUUCUGCACGUUAAAAAAUAAAAAAGGCCUCCGAUAUUUUCGUCCGUCAUAAAAAUAUUCGGACUGGGUUCGAUUUUCUGCAUUUUUCGCAUCCGUGGCAAGCAUUUUGAGAGGCGUUUUGACAAUUCAGAGACACUGUACAAACGAGCGCCAAAUACGAAUACGAAUUACUACAUUAUUAUACAAGUACAAAUUACUACAUUAUCUACAGUAAUUGUGUAUUUAUCUGAAUGACAAAAUAAAUUCAGAGCCACAGCUACAACAAAGCAUGAAAAAAAGAUGACUUAUUGUUGCAGGUCUAAUUUGGAUAAUAAGGAGAUUAACCUGUACUGACUAAUGCUGGCACACCUAAAGGUCCAGUGUGUAAUUUUUUGGAGGCUCUACUGACAGAAAUGCAAUGUAAUAUACAUAACUAUGUCUUAAGAUGUGUAUAAAGACCUUACACAAUAAAGCGUUAUGUGUUUAUUACCUUAGAAUGAGCUAUUUCUAUCUACAUACACCGCAGGUCCCCUGGAAUUCACCAUGUUGUUUCUACAGUAGCCCAAAACAGACAAACUCUCUACAGAGUGCGUUUCGUAAAUACGUUAUCUCCUUUGUCAAAGAAGCAAUAAUGUGUCAACAUCUUAGUCUCCUGUGUCAGCCACCGUAGUGCUUUGAAGGGGGGUGAGUGAGCCAUUGGUUGCAAUUCACAACUUCACCGCUAGAUGCCGCUAAAUUUCAUACAAUGGACCUUUAAAUAUAAGCUUAGGUUUAAAGCUAAAGAUGUGGCCCAGGAGCAGACAGCAUAACGUGACAUAUUACACACGAUUCUCGUGUGUUUUUAAUUAAUACAUUUUUAUUCCAUUGUUAUAUAAGGCCCUUCAAAAUAAUUGUAUAGAGAUUGCACUCACAAAGACAAUUAAAGCCAAAUAAAUAUUUCAGAUCUGAAAAUGUCAUAUUGCUUAAAGAAAUCUCCAUUACUUUUUCAUUUUACUUUUAUGCAUUAGGCAGAUGCUUAUCCUUAGCAACAUGCGUUCAAGCUAUACAUUUUAUCCAUAUGUGUGUUUGCCGGGAAUCAUGACCUUUGCACCGCUAAUGAACUAAAGGAACAAUCAUUUCUUUCACAGUUUCUCCGCUGUUGCUAGUGGUGAGAAAACUGAAUCCCUUUCGGGAAUAAAUCCCGUGAUGACUCGCUCAUCAAAGACAGAAUCCUUGAUGAGUUUCCUUUUUAACCAUUCCCUAUCAACACCUUGAUUAAAAUGGAAUGUGAAAGGCUAUGACAGUCACAGAAUUAUAAAAUGUGACUGAGACAAGAAUAGUUCUGAGGUUCAUGUAUGGAUUAUCCAUAAGGAACACUUGAAUCAAUAUGAGACUGGUCUCCAAGUCUGCCACAUUAAUGAACACUUCAGUAUGGAUAACUGGUUGAGACUGAUUCCGUUCUCAUUGUAAGCCAUUGUAGACCCUGAUCAAUGGCCACCCUCAAAGGAACAUCUAUAAACGGACAGUGCAUCAAACCCCUCGGCAGGGUUACAGUGUUAUUACUCCCACACACUUCCUUUAUUCUCUUCACCGUUAUUCCAAACUGUUGCAAACGCCAAAUAAGAAAAAGAAUGAGUUUUUGAUCAAAAGUCUGAACUCUCUCUCUUACACAAGUCUCUCAUUAUUUAUGAUGGAAACUUAUAAUUAUGCUUAGUAACAGUCCUUGAAUUCAAAUAGAACUCUUUUUUAUAAGAUCAUUAGAAGACCAUUUGCAGCACCCCCAAAUGUUUCCUAAAGAACGAAUUACCCCCAAAUGCCGUCUACCGCAAGGCUACCUGUUGUUAUUAUAUGCGCUAAAAAUACUUGAAAUAAACAAAAUGCCACAGUCGCUAUAGUGCAUGCUGGUUGUCUUAGGGAUGUGCAAUUAUGUCUAAUUUGGAUCUACCUCCUUGUUAUUUUCAGUCUCCCAAGAUGCUCUGCAGUCUGCGGCUACCCUGAGGAUGCCGAUGCCGUCGGCUCUCUUUGACAUGUCGUGGUGGCAGGCACUCCUAAACUCCACCCUCAGCCUCAAUCAAAGCAACAGCAGCUUGUUCCUGCUCGACGCCCCCUGCUGGCAUUCAGGAGGCAUGACGCUUAUAAUAGUGCUGUGCUACUGUCUGGUGCUAAUUCUAGGGUUGCUUGGUAACAUCCUCCUCAUUUGCAUCAUUACGCACCAGAGGGAGCCUCCUAAUGUCACAAGCAUCCUCAUCGCCAACCUCUCAGCUUCCGACAUCCUGGUGUGCGUGUUCUGCCUUCCGUUUACUGCGGUCUACACAUUAAUGGAUCACUGGAUAUUUGGCGCCCUGCUAUGUCGCCUAAUGCCGUUUGUGCAGUGUGUGUCGGUGACCGUUUCGGUUCUGUCUUUGGUUCUGAUUGCUGUCGAAAGGCACCAGCUCAUCCUGCAUCCAUCCGGCUGGAAGCCGAGCGCUCCGCAGGCGUAUGUGGCCGUCUUGACUGUGUGGUUGUUGGCCUGCGUGACGGCAUUUCCUUUGCUGGCAUACUAUUUACUCAGCAGCGAGCCGUACAGCCUGCUUCCCGCUCCGUUCCGCCACCUGCAGGUCUGUCUGGAAGUUUGGCCCUCUCAGCAGCACAAACUGCUCUACACCACUGGCAUGCUACUGUUUCAGUACUGUUGCCCCCUGCUUCUCAUUCUACUCUGCUACCUACGCAUCUUCCUGCGACUGCGACGCAGGAAGCGCAUGCUGGAGCGCCAGUGCAGCCGCAAUCGCUGCGACGAACAAAGGCGUGUCAUGCACAGCAAACGUAUAAACAUCAUGCUUGUCUCCCUGGUGGCUGCUUUUGCUGUGUGCUGGCUGCCGUUAAACGCCUUCAACGCGGUGGCCGACUGGCAUCACGAAGCACUUCCUGUAUGCCAGCACGACCUGUUGUUUUCACUCUGCCACCUACUGGCCAUGAGCUCCACCUGCAUCAACCCCAUCGUCUAUGGUUUUCUCAACAGCAACUUCCGGAAGGAUGUAGCCUCGGUGGUGCUGCGCUGCCAUUGCCAACCUCUCGAGGACAGCUAUGAACACUUUCCGAUGUCUACGAUAAACACAGAUGUCUCACGGACAUCUCUUAGACUAAGCUAUAGAAAUAAUUCUGCGUAACAGGGCUGAUGUUCACAUUUCGAAUGAACAAUAAACAGUUGUAAAUAAGUUUGGUUGGUGAUGUUGCUGCCUGAAACAGAUGGAAAACUCUUCGUGCUUUAAAGGAACAGUUCACUCAAACAUGAAAAUUCUGUCAUCAUUUACUCACCCUCAAGUUGUUCCAAAUCUGUGUACAUUUAUUUGUUCCGAUGAACACAGAGAAAGAUAUUUGGAAGAAUACUUGUAACCAAACAGUUCUUGGCCACCAUUGACUACCAUAGUAGGAAAAAUUACAAUGGCAAAAGUGCCCCAGAACUGUUAGCUUUCCUACAUUCUUCAAAAUAUCUUCUUAUGUGUUCAACAGAACAAAUAUAUUUAUAAAGCAAUUUUUCCUACUAUGGUGGUCGUAUACAGAUGGCAUAUACAUGUUAGGAAAAACUCGAGAGUGAGUGAAUGAUGGCAGAAUUGUUUUGGGGUGAACUGUCCCUUUAAGACAGAUGCCAGCCCUACACAAACUUGUUCUUGGAUUCGAAUAAUGCACAGUGAUAAUGAAUCUUUAGAGCAAAAGUAUUUUACACAGCAUUUUAGAAAGCAGAAAAGAAAUCUGUGUUUUCUUUUCUGAUGCAGUUUUUUCAGUCAUAUACAAUGAGAACUGCUGUAUAACAGAUGAAUUAGUGGAAAAGAAACACACUUGAAUGUGAAAUAUCGUCUCUCUAUCCUUGAGGAACAAAGCUAAUUCAAGUUUGGA